AUGAGACUGCCACUAGCGGACCGUAUCACAUUGAUGGGAGGAGGCGAUGAAAUGACAUGGAAAUCCAACUAUUUCUAUCCUCGGUCGGUUGGGAAAGGCUUUUGUGUGCACCGACUAACGUCGAAGCGACGCCAGUUUGGGCAUAGGCUUUUCGCCUCGAAUGGGACGAGCAUGACUUUUUCCUUUUUUAUGCGUAAUCAAGCAGAUAUGCUGUCUCGUCUAUUCAUCAAAACUAAACGACCCACGUCUCUAAAUCGUAUUUUUAAAGCACAAAAAGUUGGCUGGACAAUCCGUCAGCUCAACUCAUAUGAUUGCAAUGUCGACAGCGUUUUGCGACAACUUCUUGUCGGUUAUCUUCGAGUCUGUGCAGAUCUUUUUGAUCGUCUUGUCGGUGGCUGUACUCGAUCCCUUCUUGCAUGCGUCGCAGUAGGUCAAGAAGAUCUCCUCCAUUUCGAGCAGAGCAAGGCGGACGAGCUGAGCGGACAGUCGUCACCGAAUGAUCAGGCCUUCUGUCUUUGUUGGGAUUCUGCUCGCCAAUUUAUACCGGCCCACUGGGCCCUGCUGGACGUCCUGACGUGUCUGGACGGUGCCGGUCAUUUGUGCCACGUCUCGACGUCUCUCCUCUCCUCUCCUCUCCGUCUCGUCCCCUCCAGCUGA